AGUGCUAAGCAGGUUUCACCUUGGUUUGCAUUUGGAUGGGCAACUACAUGCCAUCACUGUCUGUCUAAGCUAUUCCUCUUAGAGCAAGGGGUUCUCAAACAGGUCCCCAGAUGUUGCUGGACUAUAUUUGUGGCUGCGGAUGAUGGGAGUGUAGUCCGCAACUGGGGAGCCAAUUUUAAGAACCCCUCGCCAUCGCUCAGUGGCAGAGCAUCUGCUUGUAUGCACAAGGUCCCAGGUUCAAUCCCUGACAUCUCCAGGUAGGGCUGGGAGAGACUCUUGCCUGAAAUCUUGGAGAACCACUGCCAGUCAGUGUGUAGACAAUCCUGAGCUAGGUGGACCAAGGGUUUGACUCAAUAUCUAGCAGCUUCCUGUGUUGCUAGAGCUGCCAGUCGUGUGUGCAGAUUUUGUGUAGGAAUAACGUAACAUGUUGACAGUGCAAUCCUAAGCAUGAGUUCAAUAGGACUUACUUCCUGGCACGCGUGUUUAGGAAUCGUACACACACUUGCGGGGAGUAAGCCCCGUUGAACGCAGGGGAUUUGCUCUUGGGUAGACAUGCAUGGGAUUGCAGUGCACAUGCCCCUUGCUCCAGAAGCACUAUGAAGUUUUUCAGAACUGCAGAUUUCAAAAUAGGUGAUGGGAAAGUUACUUGUGGCAGACAUCCUGACUUGCAUAAUGAGCAAAGUUGUGCGAGCACAAAAACAGGGAUUUGUGCAAAAGUUCCCUUUAAAAUAAAGGAGACAGGUUGCAGAGGCACACCGCUGCGCAUAAGUUUGUUUGGCAUGGUAGUGCAACUUUGGCCUGACAGCUCUUUUUUGACUACAGCUCCCAUCAUCCCCAGCCAUAGCGGCCAAUCGUCAGGGAUGAUGGGGAUUGUUUCACAUAUAUACUGAUGGGAUCUGAGCUGUUGGUGACUGACCAGGAGAGGGAUCUUGGGAUUGUGGUGGGCAGCUUGUUGAAAGUGUCCACUCAGUGUACGGCAGCUGUGGAAAAGGCCAAUUCCAUGCUAGGGAUCAUUAGGAAGGGGAUUGGAAGUAAAACUGCUAACAUUAUAAUGCCCUUAUACAAAACUAUGGUGUGGCCACACCUGGAGUACUGCGUACAAUUCUGGUCACCACAUCUAAAAAAAAGGACAUUGUAGAACUGGAAAAGGUGCAGAAGAAGGCAAACAAGAUGACCAGGGGCCUAGAGCACCUUCCUUAUGAGGCAAGGCUACAACACCCGGGUUUUUUAGUUUGGACUAUGGGGAGACAUGAUAGAAGUGUAUAAAAUUAUGCAUGGUGUGGAGAAAGUUGAUAGAAAGACAUUUUUCUCCCUCUCACAUAACACUAGAACCAGGAGUCAUCCCAUGAAACUGAUUUGCCAAGAAAUUUAGGACCGACAAAAGGAGAGCUGGUCUUGUGGCAAAAAGCAUGAAUUGUCCCCUUUGCUAAGCAGGGUCCACCCUGGUUUGCAUUUGAAUGGGAGUCUACAUGUGUGAGCACUAGAAGAUAUCCCCCCUUAGGCGAGGGGCUGCUCUGAGAAGAGCACCCGCCUGCUUGCAUGCAGAAGGUUCCAAAUUCUCACCCUGGCAUCUCCAAGACAGUGCUGAGAGAGACUCCUGCUUGCAACUUUGGAGAAGCCACUGCCAGUCUGUGUAGACAUUACUGAGCUAGAUGGACCAAUGGUCUGACUCGGUAUAUGGCAGCUUCCUAUGUUCCUAUGAAGUACUUUUUCACACAACACAUAAUUAGCCUAUGGAAUUCUCUGCCACAAGAUGUGGUGACAGCCAACAGCCUGGGUGGCUUUAGGAGGGGUUUAGAUAAAUUCAUGGAGGACAGGUCUAUCAAUGGCUGCUAGGCGGAGGAUUAUGGGCCACUUCCAGCCUCAGAGGCAAGAUGCCUCUAAAUACCAGUUGCAGGGGAGCAACAGGAGGAGAGAGGACCUUUGGGCUUCCCAGAGGCAUCUGGUGGGCCACUGUGUGAAACAGGAUGCUGGACUAGAUGAACCUUGGGCCUGAUCCAGCAGGGCUGCUCUUAUGUCCUUAUCUGCGGAGGGCUCAACCUUGGGCUAAAUGAACCUUGGGCCUGAUCCAGCAGGGCUUCUCUUAUGUCCUUAUCUGCGGAGGGCCGAAAUUGUGCACCAGUGCAUUGUCCUUCUGCAAGUGCUUAAUUAGGAUGUCAGCUACUGUGCGUGUGUACAUACACACACAGUUUACAAGCAUAUAUGCAAGUAUACACACAUACACAUUGUACAUUAUUAUUAAGAAUACUUAUAUACUGCUUUCCAACAAUAAAGUUCUGAAAACGGUUUACACAGAAAAAGGACUAAGGCUGUUCACUGUCCCAGGAGGACUCACAGGCUAAAAAACAAGCAAACUCUCAAGUUACAGACACCAAAAGCGUAUAUUUGCCAAAGAGUUACAACCAAUCCCAGAACCCCUUGCGAGUGUACCUGUAGGAUGCAUGCUUUUAACAUCCCUUUUAAACACCUGCUUAUCGCGUUCACACACUUCACCUUUUUGGUGGGACUUCCAAAAUCUUGUAACAAAACCAUACGAAGAGGCCCUGUUAUUGUUCGAACUACCAGCCCGAGGACCAUCUCUCGAUCAGAGGAAUCUUGAGUUCAUUCAUAUUCCCACAACCUGCCUCAUCGGAGCGGGGGAGCGGGCACGUUUUUACUCAAACGAUGUUUGAUCAUCUUCUAAACCGGUGCAUCGACUAACCGUUUGCAGCAGCCUUCGACCACUUAAAGGUGCAAUCCUGUGCAUACAUACCCGGGAGUAAGUUCAAUUGAAACCAGUGGGAUUUACUUCCGAGUAAACCUGCCUAGGCUCGGGGCUUUGGGCGAAACUCUUUGCAGCGGAUCAGUGCGAGCCGCGCAGCCCAUUUCGCCCUAUGCACGGCCAUGCAAUGGAAUGGCGUGUGUGGUGGGGGGUGGGAGAUCUCUGGGAUCCAGCCCCUCCCCCACCUCCUUUUGCAGAGCAGGCCGGGCAAGGAGGAGUUAACUCCUACCCCCCCUUUCCAUGUGCAAGAGAGACGGAAGGGGAGGGCAGGCAGAACCUCGUCAGGAGGGGCUCGCAGCAGCGCGGGCUGUUUGCUCAUUUCCUGAGGGGGGGGUCCGAUCCUCCAUCCCCCGAUCGGAGCGUGGAGGGGGACGGGGAGGAAAGGCUUGUUACUGGGGGGGAGACCCCAAGCAAAGCAUCUCGAGAUCUUUCCAGCAGAGCUGCCUGACUUGCAGAAGCCCAACCAUACUGACAACCUCCAUCAGGAGACAACUGUCCAUGGGCCGAACAUAAAUUGGAGCCCUAAAGAUAAGAAGAGGGAACCUUCUCAUACAGAAGUUGACCACAGAAUGGCUGCCAAGCCUGGCGGGCCUCCCACUUGGGUUCUUAGCUUCCCUUCGCCAUUGGAGCCGGGAGUCCAGAUCAGCGUUGAAAUGGAAGAAAGCUCUCCUCCUGUGGGGACCAUCAAGGAGAUCCUGAAGCGUUCGCGGUCCCGGAAGGACCGCAUGGAUCGGAACGAAACGGGCGUGAGGCCUCAGUGUUGGGAAGUCCGGCAACAGGUGCUCCUGCCCACGCCAAAGGAUGAGGAGAAUGGCACAAAGACGCCUGAGGUGACAUUGGAAGAUGAUAUAGAGACUUGUGUGGUCUCUUAUGAAAAUGACACUGACUCCAAAGAAGAAAGGGGGUCAAAAACUGAAGUGAUGGUUGGGCCUGAUUGCGUGAUUACUAUUGAAGAAGAAGAGGUUGAUGCUGAAGAACAGGAGUCAACAAAACCUGGUGUUUUGCCAGGGGAGGAUAUUGAGACCUGUGUGGUUUCUUCUGAAGAAGCAGCUGAUCCCCAAAAAGAUGAGGUAGCUGAAUCUGAUGUGAUGGCUGGAGAUGGUGUCAGGAAGUUUGUUGGGUCCCUCAAACCCACAGGCCCCCCCAAAGUAGAAAAGGCCAUCCAGACUGAAGAGACUCUGAAUGUGAAGUUAUGUAAGGCUUGUCCUGAGAAAGUAGCUGAUUCUGAAGGAGAAUUGACGCAGCCUGAGGUGGUGUCAGAGGAGAGUAACCAGGCUGGCGGGACUUCCCUGGAGAAAGAAGUAGAUUCUAAAGGAGAAGAGUUGACCCAGAUUGAUGGAGAAAUACAAGAGGCUUGUAAAAGUUCAGAAGCUGGAGACAAGGAAGAUAAAGAGAAGGCGGCCAUUUUGGCAGAAUGUGGCAUAGUUAUGGAGACCGCCCGCCAGGGUUUCCGGUGGUUCCGCUAUGAAGAAGCUGAGGGCCCGCGGAAGGCAUAUGGGCAACUGCGGGAACUUUGCCGUCUCUGGUUGAAGCCAGAGAGUCGUAGCAAGGAGCAGAUGCUGGAAUUGCUGGUCCUGGAGCAAUUUUUGGCCAUUUUGCCCCAAGAAAUUCAGAGUUGGGUGUGGCAGCAGCACCCAGAGACGUGCUCCCAGGCUGUUGACUUGGUGGAAAACUUCCUCACUGGACUUUCUCUCCUUGAGAGACAUGGGAAAAAGGCGCUGGUGACUUUUGAGGAGGUGGCCGUGUAUUUCUCUGAGGAAGAGUGGAGACUCCUGGAUGAAACUCAGAAGCAACUCUAUCGGGAGGUCAUGCUGGAGAAUUAUGGGAAUGUCCGAUUGCUGGGAUUCCCCAUUCGCAAACCUGAAUUGAUUGCUAAGAUGGAGAGCAGCAAGGACCAGGAGCCCUGUUUCCGUGACUCCCAGGGCUCUGAAGAAAGGGAGGCUCCAAAGGAUGCAGAAGAUGCUGAGCUCUCGAGCGAGUCUGACUGCGAGCUGACACCUUGGAAGGAAGAGGAAGCCGCUGAUGUCCCGCCCACUGUGCCGCAGUCCCCAGUACCUCUCGAGGGCUGGGAUGUCGCUGUCAAGAGUCGUCUUCCAGCCAGGGAAGGGAGCCGGCCCCGCUGGCACCGGACCGAGCCGCGCUUCGCUUGCUCCGACUGCGGCAAGACGUUCCCGUGGCAGUCGGCCUUGGCUCGCCAUCAGCUCUCGCACUCGGGGGAGAAGCCCUAUCGGUGCUCUGACUGCCCCAAGAGCUUUGCCCAGCGCUCCAAGCUCGCCCGCCACCGACGCCUCCACACUGGGGAGCCCUCCUGUGAGUGCCCGGAGUGUGGGAAGCGCUUCUGUGACCGCUACAAGCUGGCCCGGCACCAGAAGAUCCACUCUGGCGAGCGGCCGUACCGCUGCGAUGUGUGCGGCCGCGGCUUCUGCCUCAGUUCCAACCUGCGCCAGCAUCGGCGGGUGCACACGGGCGAGCGCCCUCACGGCUGCCCGGAGUGUGGCAGGCGCUUCAGCCGCCGCUCGAACCUCAUCCAGCAUCUCCGGGUGCAUCAGCUGCAGUGGCAGCAGCAGGACGGAGGGCAGGGUGCGGGGCCUCACGCGGCGGACUCCGAGCUCGGACCGGGCUUCGAUCUCUGCGAGGAGGAGUGGGAAUACGAGUGGAUUGCGGACACACAGGACGGGGAGCCAGCGAGUGGGCUCCCUGCCGGAAGCUACGAGGGAGAGCCAAGCUUGGAACUCCCUACCGGGGACCACGAAGGCGGGGAGAUUCUGGAGCUCCGGGUGGGGGAUUACGAACAUGGGUGGAAUGUCGAGGUCAACGGCAGAGGCCACGAGAGUGAUGAGGUGAUGGAGGUCCAGCCUGGAAACCAUGAACAGCAGCCAGGUUUGGACCUCCAUUCUGGAGACCCUGAGGGGGAGGAGAUAGUCGAGCUCCGUGUGGGGGACGGUGAUGAACAGGGCUGGAAUGAGGAACUGGAUGGCGAGGAUGACGAUUGCCUGCUUGUCACUGAUGGAGAGUCGCUCCAUCCAGACAGCAAGGAGCGUUGCCCCAGCGCGGAUCUCCACGCCACCAAUCACGCCCGCCUGGUGGGGGGCGAGCUCCCCCAGUGCUCUGAUUGUGGGCGGACGUUCACCCGGAAUUUCAGCCUCUCCCGACACCAGCUGAUCCAUGCCACGGAGCACCCCCACGCCUGCCGGGAGUGUUGCCGCUCCUUCAGUUUGCCCAGCCUGCUGGCCCAGCACCAGCGCACUCACGCCUCUGGGCAGCCCCAUGCGUGCCCUGACUGCCCCAAAAGCUUCAGCCACCGUUCCAAAUUGGUGCGCCACCAGCGCAUCCACACGGGCGAGCGCCCUUUCCAGUGCGGCGAAUGUGGGAAAAGCUACCGAGACAGUUCCACCCUCUUGCGGCACCAGCGGGUCCACGGCAAGCCCAGUGCCUUGGGACUGGCUCCCAUGCAGGAUACCUCUCCCUCCUCUCCUGAUCCUGUCGUGGUGAUCUUAUAAGUCUUGGUUACUUGAACAUUCGGCACAGAUGCUGCCACCAGAAGGGUCUGCAAUAUCGUCUGACUGGAAUACUUGAUGUGGAUUAGCCACACGCGCAUAGUCCGGUUUAACAAUUCAUUGUUAUGACUGUGAUGUUGGGGUGCUGGGGUGUUUUUAUUGCUGUUGUGGAAGAGUUCCCAUUUGGAAUUUGCUUUGAGAAGGGAGCUGAGUUAUGCUGGGGGGAAGAGAGGCUCCAUGCUGGAAUUAUGGAGGGGACCAGCCAGUCUGGAAUUCCAAGUGGCCUGCAGUUGUGAAUGUUUUGAGUGUAGUUUAUACCCAAAGAUUUAUUUAGUUCCACCUCCUGAAGGAGGCUCCCUCAGAAGUUCAGGGGGAACCAUAUGGGACAGUUACAGUGUUCAUAUCUGUCUAUGUUCCCCUUAGCUCUGUGCCCCCAAACCCUGUGGUAUCCAAAUGCACCUGAACUUACCUUUCCAGACACCCUGGCCUGCCCAGAUGUCUCCACUAACUUGGUUGCAAUCCUCUUGUUUUGAAGCGGAGGGCUGGACCAGAACCUUGCGGUGUCCCCAAGCCACACUUUCAGCAGCUGAUAGGCUGGUCUUUCUCUGAGUGGAUGGCCAAGGUCUGUUGGAACCCAUAGUUGAAGAGGCUAAUCAGAACAUGCCAGAACAAUGGAGGGAAAGUCCCCAUGAACCAGUACUGGCUGAACAGGUGAAUGAUUUUCACUUGUUGGAGCAGACACCCCUGGCCAAUAGAGGGGAAGCUGUGUGGAAGAAUAAGGGCCCAAACCUGUCCAAUAGGCAAACUGUUACACUCCAUUUCCCAGAACAUAACCGCCACCUCCCUGUUAGUUGCUUUGGAACAGCCCCUUCUAGGGCUUGAUGUAAGGAGCAGGGUGUGUGUUGAGGGUGGCCUGCCCCACAGUCCAUCUCCAUUUUACACAAACGGGAGAUGAAGUGGCAAACCUGUUUCCGGACUGUACCACUUCAGAUUGCAGGUGCAGUGGGGACAAUAAUUCCCUGUACACAGACAACUAGUAUGUCUGAGAAAAGGUUGUUCUAGAACUAGUGGUACUUCUCUGUGCAGGUAGUUGUUUUGUGUGGGGAAGUGUUCAACCAGGCAAUCCCCACCCACCUGCUGCCUGAAGUGGUACAUUCCCAAAACAGCUGUGGGAACUCGGCCUUAGCACUCCAAGGUUCAGGAUGAAUGCAACAUAAUCCUUUAUUGGAAACAUGGCCAAUCAUUUCCUUGAUUUUGUUUUGACUCCUGGCCUACCUCCAAGGCUCUCCUCAAAUAGCCCAUUGACUACUCUCUCCUAGUGGCUUGGUUGAGAGAUCAUUAACAAGAAAGAAAAUGACUGCCACUUUGUCUUGCCCAUGUUGGGCAGGGUCUGCUGUGAGCUCUCCCCCAUGGUUUUUUCAGUCGUAUGGGAAAUAUGGAGGUGCCCCUUGAAAGAUUCAGCAGCUUGGGAAGCAAUAUGGAUGGUUGUGGGCUGGUUGUUUGUACAUAUGGGAAAUAAAAUCUAUUUUCUUUUUUGCUUUC